AUGGAAAACAGUGUGGAUGGAAACGAGAUUGAAGCACCAAAUAAUCUCACCAUCGGAGGGACGCUAAGGUUUCUUAUGGCCAAAACAAAUGUUGAGCAAAGCAAAAAGCAAGUGAUUUCUUUGGCCAUUGGCGACCCUGCUCGAUUCGGCUUCAAUAUCGAUGUUGCUGCUCAGGAAGCUGUGCUGGAUUCACUUCUUUCCGGAAUAUUCAAUGGCUACUUUCCUACCAGCGGACUUCCACAAGCAAGAAAGGCUAUUGCGGAUUAUCUGUCUUCUGAUCUUCCAUACAACUCGUCACCUGAUUAUGUCUACAUUACCUCUGGAUGCACUCAGGCUAUCGAUAUGGUAAUAUCUGUCUUGGCUCGCCCUGGGUCAAAUUUUCUAUUGCCUAGACCGGGUUUCCAUACAUACGAAAUCUGUUCCAGUUUCAGAAAUAUUGAGGCUCGUUAUUACGACCUCCUGCCCGAUAACGGGUGGGAGGUUAAUCUCGAGACCGUUGAAAGUGUGACAGAUCUGAAUACUGUCGCAAUGGUUGUUAUCAACCCUGGAAAUCCCUGUGGAAGCGUUUACAGCCACGGGCAUUUGGAGGAAAUCGCGGAAAUGGCUGGAAGGCUUCGGAUCCCCGUCAUUGCGGAUGAAGUCUUCGGGCACCUUGCUUUUGGUGCUACUCCAUUUGUUCCAAUGGGUGUUUUCGGAUCCAAAGCACGGAUUUUCACGCUGGGGUCUUCGAAAAGAUGGUUUGUCCCAGGAUGGCGCCUCGGAUGGCUCGUUAUGAACGAUCCCUCGGGAGAAUUCCGAGAUCCAAAAUUGCAAACCGCUGAAGCGGGUUUUCUUGCCGACACCAAUAAAAUGCUGAUGCGGACUUCAAACCUGUGUUAUGACAAGCUAAAGGAGAUCCCUUCAGUUGGUUGCAGUUUUAAACCUGAAGGGUCUGUGGCGUUUAUGGUAAAGCUCAACCUAUCAGUUUUGGAAGACAUGGGCGACGACAAGGAGUUUUGUCUUAAGCUGGCCAAAGAAGAGUCUCUCAUCAUUCUUCCAGGAUUUGCUGUCGGCCUUAAUAAUUGGAUCAAAAUUGCUUUUGCUGCAGAACCUUUGUCCAUUGAAGGACUUCGAAGGCUGAAGGCUUUUUGCCUGAGACACUCCAAGCAACAAAUAAAUGCGGCCUGAAUUCAUGUGAUUAAGAGAGGUUAUACAGCUGCUCGAAAUUAGAGUCAGCUACAUUUUAAUUGUAUUGAAAUUUUGGUCUUUCAUGUUGUUUCCUUUCUUCGGCUUGCUGUGUUCUUCAUUUCAAC